AUGAAGGCUGUAAUAGCUAAAAGCACAAGUAUAAACUUUUUGUCACCUCACUUAGUUCUCGCGAUAAUAAACUUUGUUCCUAUGAAAAUCGAGGAAUUACUUUUAUAUUUAAAAAAUAUUCAGACGACUAGGAAGAGAAGUGAACUUACAAUAAUUGUACACACUUCUCUUGAAGAGAUAUCAGAAAACGAAGCUCGACAGAAAACUGUUCAAGAAUUCAUUGAAAAGUAA